AAGUCACGGCCUGACCACCUCUCUGUCGCUGACGAAGGCAUUGCCGGCACGUCGCAGGCUGGUGACGCCGACGAAGAGCUCGCGUUCAUAUCACAGGCCUGGGACGAAGCACUUCGCCUGCUCCGCAUUUUUCUACGCGCUACAUGCGUGUCUCCGCCCUCCACAAGGUCAUCGAGCGUCAGAUCACCGCGCCGGACGCCACACCCGCUGCCGCGGCUGCAGGCUGGGUUCACAUGCGGUAUGUGGCCAUCUCUGUGUGUAAUGUCGACCUGCUUACGCAUGCCCAUGCCCAGGCGCCGCCAGCAGGGCUGACGAACCCGCCGCCGCCGCUGCUCUUGGUUGCGGUCAGGAGCCAGGCCUGGCCGGUCAUCGAGUACCUUAUUGAGACACUGCCACGUGACCAAUUGUUGCGCAAUUGGGGCGAUAGCACCGAGAAGGCGGCAUCGUUUGUGACUGCCCUCACUGGCGCCGUGGUUUCGCCAAGCAAGACAGCCAUGCUCAUCGAGUACCUGGGUGGCGAGCUCAUCACAUCGACGGUUGCAGUCGACACCGGUCUUGGCUCGCCGUUUGAGGCGCUGGUGUGCUCGCCGGCAAUGCCCGAGGUUUUCAACCUCUACAUCGACUACGUCGACUGCACCUCGUUCCAACUUCCUGCUGACGUUGUGCCCGACCUGUUCUCGUCUGCUGUCUUUGACGCCCUCAUCGCCGCCGGCAUGGUGGACUUGCGCGAGGAUGACGCGGACCAUGUUGUCAUCAGCCUCUUCCGCGCUGACGAGACCAGCCUCGGCCUGCUCCAUGCAGUCCUCGCGUACCUUGCCAAGACGUGGAACUACAUGCCGCCGGACAAUAUGCUGUACAAGGCCGUCUCGCUCGCGUCGCCGGCAACGGUCCUCGACACGCUGGUCGCGUAUGGCUGCGAGCCAUGGAGCUCGGCCUUCCGCCCACUCAUUGCCGUUGCCAUUGCCAACGGCGACGUUUACACCUUUGAGUGGCUCAUCGACCGCUACAACGUCGACAGCCAGUUCUUUGUCAACUCUCCGCGCAACUGCCUCCUUCCCCAUGUGAUGCGUGAUGACGGCCUCGCCCGGAUCUUCCAUCACAACGACAUCCGUUUCCUCGAGCGCCUGGCUACCAAGCCAGUCGGCGGCUAUCCGAACUUGUUUGUUUGUGCAUGCAGCGAACUCCCGGAUCAGUCGCUCGACGCCGGGUUGAGCUCUCUCAUCCACGACGCAGCCUGCAAAUCUGCCAGUGACUGCCUCUACUUUCUCCUCUCGGGGGGCCUCGCGCCAAUCACUCCGUUUGACGCCGCCGAGCAUGCUCGCUCUGUGAGCAAGAGUCUCAUGCCCCCUGGCACCUGCCACGACGCCACCUCUGACGCCAUUGCCACCCUCGUUGCUGCCGCAGAGUUUGGCGGCACCAUUCCGUCGCGCGCUGUCAGCACUCCGUCACUCCGCCUGCUAGCCAAGCCGUCCGACUUUGCUCGCCUCAGCACCCUCUACUACGACCGACGCGCCGGCUGGUCGCCUGCCCGCCACCACUCGUUCCCCAAGUACGUUCGCGAUGCCGUUUUUGCCAUCCUGGUCAUCACACAGACCUGGAUCGACUGCCCAGAUGGCACCCGCAUCAAGAAGUACGCCGACCAGUGCUGGCUCUGCAAUCUUCCCAACGAGCUUGUCUUCCUCAUUUGUAAGUUCCUCUUCUAACGUCACCACACAAG